GCCAUGUCCGCCGAUGGUGCCCAGCACAGUGGAAAGCACGGCGCCGCCAUCGCCUUCGACUACGACUCCGGCGCCCGCCGCGGCCGCUCCAGGUCGCCGCGCCGUCGCGCAGGGGCGCCCGACCGGCUGCAGCAGCAGCGCGAGAGGCGGAAGGCGCUCUGGGCAUCGAGGCCCGUGGUGCCGGCGGCGGACGGAACCCCGGGGCCGCGGCGAGCUCCGACAGCGAGCCGGGUGCCGCCCACGAGGCCGCCGCGAGCGCCGCGGGCGGGCCAGAGGCUGGCGGAGGCGGUGGCGGCGGCGGGAACGACUGGGAGGGCAGCAGCUUCGGGCGGCAGGGCGACAAGGACAAGUUCCUCAGGCUCAUGGGCGCGAAGAAGGACGGGCAGGCGCCCGCCGCUGGCGCGCGGCCAGGCGCGGGCGGGGCCAGCCAGUCCGCCGCCGAGGUGCGCCGGCAGCAGUGGGAGCUGGAGCGUCAGUUCUCCCGCGAGAUGCAGCGGUCGAUGCACGGCCGGGGGCGCGGCCUGGGCGCCGGGUGACCGCGCGGGCGCCGCCGGCCCUUCCCUCCCGCCCCCUGCGUCCCCCCGCCCUGCGAUCCGUGUGUUGCAUCCUUGUCACGCCGGGCGCUUUCGCUC